UUUGUUUUCUUUUCUCUCAGCACUGCAAAAAAAGAAGACAUAAAGCUGAGCGUGAGGAAGCUGCUCGGCAGGCACAGCGUGGUGUUCGGCGAUUACACGUGGACCGAGUUCGACGAGCCUUUUCUGACCCGGCAUGUGCACUCUGUGUCUAUAGUCGACACAGACUUAAAGGUUAAAGACCCGCAGCCCAUCGACCUGAGCGCGUGCACCGUUGCACUCCACGUCUUCCAGCUGAAUGAAGAUGGCCCCAGCAGCGAAAAUUUGGAAGAAGAGACGGAAAACAUAAUCGCAGCAAAUCACUGGGUCCUGCCUGCAGCUGAGUUCCAUGGGCUUUGGGACAGCCUCGUGUAUGACGUGGAAGUCAAAUCCCAUCUCCUGGAUUACGUGAUGACAGCCUUGCUAUUUUCAGACAAGAACGUCAACAGCAACCUCAUCACGUGGAACCGAGUGGUGCUGCUGCACGGUCCUCCAGGGACUGGAAAAACAUCCUUGUGUAAAGCGCUAGCCCAGAAAUUGGCCAUUAGACUUGCAAGCAGGUACCGGUAUGGCCAGUUGAUCGAAAUAAACAGCCACAGCCUCUUUUCUAAGUGGUUUUCGGAAAGUGGCAAGCUGGUGACCAAGAUGUUCCAGAAAAUUCAGGACCUGAUUGACGACAAAGAUGCCCUGGUGUUUGUGCUAAUAGAUGAGGUGGAGAGUCUCACGGCUGCUCGCAACGCUUGCAGGGCCGGCGCCGAGCCGUCGGACGCCAUCCGUGUGGUCAAUGCCGUGUUGACCCAGAUCGACCAGAUUAAAAGGCAUUCCAAUGUGGUGAUCCUGACCACCUCCAACAUCACCGAGAAGAUCGACGUGGCUUUCGUGGACAGGGCUGACAUCAAGCAGUACAUCGGGCCUCCCUCCGCGGCAGCCAUCUUCAGAAUCUACCUCUCGUGUUUGGAGGAGCUGAUGAAGUGCCAGCUCGUAUACCCCCGCCAGCAGCUGCUGACCCUGAGGGAGCUAGAGAUGAUCGGCUUCAUCGAGAACAACGUGUCCAAGUUGAGCCUUCUUUUGAGCGAGAUUUCCAGGAAGAGCGAGGGCCUCAGUGGCCGAGUCCUGAGGAAGCUGCCCUUCCUGGCCCACGCCCUGUACAUCCAGGCUCCCACCGUCACCGUCGAGGGGUUCCUCCAGGCACUGUCUCUGGCAGUGGACAAGCAAUUUGAAGAGAGAGAGAAGCUCUCAGCUCCCAUGUGACCCUGGGCCUCCUCGUCCUUGGCUUCCUCACGGAGAGCAGCACAGCUAGGAGACGUCACUUGCAGCAGCCACCACUGCAGGCGCUCCUGCGAGCCAGCCGCCGGACGGGAGAAGGGCGUCGCAGCCACGUUAUUUUACGGUGAAUGUCUGAAGACAAACAGCCUGCUGUUUCCACGGGUCUGACUUUAUAAAGAACUUUCUAGAUGUUA